AUGCUUUUUAUGUAAUUAAACCAAAGUAGAGCAUACAGGUUUCGCAUUUCAAUUCGUUAUGGUUCAUUGCCACGACUAAUACUUCCAGAAACAGACAGCCGCAGGUGAGAAAAUGGAUUUUUGAUUCAAUUGCAUCAGAAAAAAGAUUUCAGAUAAUGCGAACGAAUUUAGAAAAAGAGAAUAACUGGAAGUUAUUAAUGCCGACCAAGAUUUAAAAAAGUGAUUCGAGUGUGCCGGGCGCAGAGUUCGAACAGUGUCAGACGGCCUAUUCCUCGCAAAAACGAACAACGUGGUCGUUGGACGGUGAGAUUCAGAAGGAUACAAAGAAAAUCAAUCAUUCAAUUUCAGUCAAUGUUCGACUUCGAAUAGUGUGUGGGAAGAAAACGAUGACGUUUCGAAAAGGAAAGAAAAGAUGAACGCAUUCAGCAUGAGGACGGAGUCGCAGAAGUAA